UUUUUGGCAGUAGGAGCUGGGGCUAGGUCUCAUACACCCCGGUGUAAGGGGCGCAGGGUCCCCUGCGCCUUGUUUUGCUGUUGAAGUGAUGCUGGCUUGCAAACUACUAGUUUUACCACCUGUUUUACUCUCAGCUUUGCUGUUUGUCUACUGUUUGGAAGACUCGAUCUGUUUGCCGAGCAGGCUAACCCCUCUCUGUGGCUUACUGACACCAGGUAGCGAACUAGUUGCAGGCUGUCAUACCCUUAAGAUGUGUAAUAGAGCAUGUUGCUUCAAUGCAAAAGAUGCAACCUUAAGGCCUUUUCAGACACAGAGCACUUGACCCAACUGCUGCAGUAGCGAGAUCUCUGCUACCAUGGUUAGAAGAGGGAUUUAACCCUUGCAAAAGGAAGGAGUGAGUGUUAGCCCAAGAAGCAGCAGUUGUCCUGCAUUGGGUUCUCCCAGGCAACUCCAAAUAGGCAUUGCCAAUGGAUGAACUGGUGCAUGACUUGGCCUCAGCCUUAGAGCAGACUUCAGAACAAAACAAGCUGGAUGAGCUAUGGGAAGAGAUGGCCCUAAGCCCACGGCAGCAGCGGCGUCAGCUUCGCAAGAGACGGGGUCGUAAACGACGUUCAGACUUCACGCAUCAGGCAGAGCAUGCCUGCUGCUACAGUGAGGCCUCAGAGUCAAGCUUGGACGAAGCUGUCAAGGAUUGCCGCGAGGUGCUGACAGCCAAUUUCAGUGACUCUGAUGACAUGGCAGUGGUCAAACGACACCCAGCUCUCAGUGCCACCCUAAGGAGCAAGCAACACUCGUGGCAUGAGUCAGACUCCUUUACAGAGAAUGCACCCUGUCGACCUCUCAGGCGCCGACGGAAAGUCAAACGUGUGACAUCAGAGGUGGCUGCCAGUCUCCAGCAAAAGCUCAGGGUCUCAGAGUGGAACUACGAGAGGGGCUGCAGGUUAAAGUCAGCCAAGAAACAGCGUCUUUCACGCUGGAAAGAAAAUGCCCCUUGGACAUCAUCCAGUCAUGGCCUUUGUGAAUCAGGAGAGAACAGGCCCUUCCUCAGCAAAGGGGGAAGGAAGGAGCGGAUGGAGUGUGAAGCUGAUGAACAGAAACAGGGCUCAGACGAAAACAUGUCAGAAUGUGAAACCAGCAGUGUAUGCAGCAGCAGUGAUACUGGCCUGUUUACCAAUGAUGAGGGCCGCCAAGGAGAUGAUGAGCAAAGUGAUUGGUUUUAUGAAGGAGAAUGUGUUCCAGGAUUCACUGUCCCCAACCUUCUUCCCAAGUGGGGAGCUGACCACCGAUCUGAAGUGGAGCGGAUUGACUCAGGCCUGGACAAGCUCUCAGAUUCCACGUUCCUUUUGCCCUCACGGCCAGCUCAGAGAGGAUUUCAUGCUCGCCUGAAUCGCCUUCCAGGAGCUGCUGCCCGUUGUCUCCGAAAAGGUCGGAGGAGGCUUGUUGGCAAGGAGACCUCCAUGAGCGCUCUGGGCACCGAGAGGCUAGGUCAUGUUGUUAGUGAUCCACGCCAGAAAGAAAAGAACAAAGUGCCGGCUUCUGAUUUCCCACACACUGUGGCUUGUGCACAUGAGUUCAAUCCAUUAUCUCCUCUGUACUCUCUGGAUGUGCUUGCUGAUGCUUCCCACCGAAGAUGCUCACCAGCACACUGCACUGCCAGGCAAGCAAAUGUACACCUGGGACCACCAUGUUCGAGGGACAUCAAAAGGAAACGAAAGCCAGCUGCAGCCUCCAUGUCCAGCCCAAUAUCAGCAACUUUAUCUGUCCACAUGGAUGCAGCAGAGUCAGAGCUACCAGCAACACCAUCCCUGAGAUCCCAGAACUCUGAGUGGACAGGGAAAACACCAGCAGCUGAGAAAGCCACUAUUGCUGCCUCCAGUAACUUUUUUAAAAUGCCACCAGAGAAGAGCCCUGGAUUCAGCCAAAAAGAAGCAUUGCAACUGUAAAAGCUUGCUGGAUUUUGGAAGUGUUUGACUCUGGUGUGUGUCUUUACCAAACAUCUUGUUUGGCAGUAGUGAUAUCUUCAGUAUUGCUGCGUGAUGCAUGCCAUCAUCCAGACUGAUCUGCGUGCCCCACAUACCUAAAUCAUGCUUGUGAAUCUAUGUUUAAAAAAGGUAAUCAGUGUUGGGACCGCAGUGGCUUUUAAAAAUGUUCUUGCUAUUGCUGUAUUUAUUAUGCAUUCAUCUCUUUCCCUGAUGCCAGCUCAUAUGUGCUGGGUCAUGUACAGAUUCCUUUGGGUUUUCAGAUCUUUAUUCACCCCCUGGACAUGUUGCUUGUUUGUGCAUUUGACAUUUUUUGGGUGAAAGUCCCACUGCCGCUCAGGGAGGCAAAAGUCUCCCCCUGCUUUCUUCCAGGCCAGGAGGAUUUCUUGGCUGGGGAAUGAGGAGGGAAUGCAAACAAGUUGAAACAUGGAACCUGAAUUCUGUAUUAGCAGAAUGUUUUCAGGCCAUGUGCUAAUGGACUCAAAUCAUGUUGCUUCUAGCGAAGCAAAUACGGUGCUUGUCCAUUCAGAAAUUGCCAUUGGCUCACUGGCAGCAUGGUCCAUUAGACCUUUUCCUUCUCCCUUAUUAUGAAUGUCUUUAGUCUUGCUUGUGUAUUGCAUGUUCUUUCCUAAAUCUCCUACUGGAUAAGGAUUUGGGAGAACUACUUGGACAUAAAUGUGCAAGCUGGCAUCCUGGAAGGGAACCUGAGCCCUUGAAUAUCCUUGGACUGUGGUAGAGGAUAUACAAAACUUCCAUUUCUCAGUGUAUGAAUUAAAAAAUGACUGUUAGCGUUUCUAAAGGAUGCUUCCUGUUGAAGUUAACAUGCCAUUGAACAAAAAAGCCAUUUAAAGUAUCACCUGAGUUCACAGCAUUCUGGGUAUUGAUUAGACCACUUCUGUCUCAUGUUUUCCUUCCCUUCAAAAAGCAUUGUCUGCUGUAUCUACUGGAGGUGUCUCCACUUACUGAUGAUUGUACUUUACUCUGCAGCAUACACAAAAGACAUUCUCUUCAUAGCACUUCUACUUUGCCCCCUGUUACCUUCUGUGUUGCAGAAUAUAUGGAUAGUGAUUUUUUCCCCUCUCUUUUCUUGAAUUCAUAAUCACACUCCACUCUACUUUUCUUGAAUUACUCUCUCUGGAGCUUAUUUUGGGCUAUGUUUUUAGAAUAUAUACCUGCAUAGCAUGUGUCAAGGAACAGGUGGCCUCAUGGCUUCUUAAGUCCUUUAGAAUUAGGAUAUAUUUGUAUGCAUAGAACUCUUUUUGCUUUCCUCAACGGGUAGAGCUUUCAGACAGAACCAUUUAAGCUUGUAAAAUUCAUUUUGAAUGUGGAGGUGCAGUUAGCACUCUUAAGUAGAUAACAAAAUUUGCAUGGUUUUAGUGGUUUUGCAGUGUUCUGCUCUGCCGUAUAAAUCAAAUACCUGAGGAACAGAUUUGAUUGUGAGGAUAUAAAGCACUGAUUCAUAUUUAACCCUGUAUUAAAAUGUUAAAUGGUCAUAACAUACAAAAACCGAAACUUGAAUGACUCGCUAAACCACGAUUGACAAAUAGUUAUACAGUUAUACUACAGACACACUGUCCAUGUCUGAUCCCUAAUACCUACUUAUUCUUGGGGAGACAUCUAAAUUGGAUUUAUAUUUCACAGCCCAAGCAAACUGUCAAAUCAGUCAUCUCUCAAAACCUUUUUUUUUUUUUUCUUUGGUGGUGGUACAUCUUAGAAAUAAUUAGAACAGGGAAAGACUUUUUACCUUGCUGAAGGAGUACAGAGGUCAGUUUGGAUUAUGGGACAAGCUGUAAGGGUUUUGUGGAGAGAGGAAUGUUCCUGUUUUAAAGUAGUCAUUGGAUUGUCUUUAUUUUGUAGUUGUUUUGGGCAGUGGUGUUUAAGAGGUAGCACAGGAAGUCUCAGCACUGAAGGGCCUGUAAUCUAGAACAUACAAAGAGAAGAUAAACCUAAAGAAAAGUAGUAGCUUGACUAUCUAGUACUCAUGAACACAGUGAAGGGGAAAGGUGGUCACAUUCUCCUGACAACCUGCAGAUAAAUUUUAGGAUUGGAAGCCUUGUAACCUAACUUGCAGGCUGUUUCAGUGACAGGGAGUGGUUCCCUAAAAGAGCAUUUGUGCAAUUGGGUGUUUUUAAUCUCAUGAAGGAUAUUCCACAUCCUCUCUUGGUUUGAGUCUGUUCAACAGACUUACUCAGAUUACUGAUCAUUCAGCUGAAAUUUUAAAUUUUGGCCUUCGUGUUCCCUUUUUAAAAAACAGUUCUGAUAUAUCUUGCUACAUUCUGACUAUUGUUCAGAGUAGUUCUGUUUGUCCUGUGGUGUCAGGAUGGUUUUAAAAAUUUUGAGAGAGAUGUUUGAGGUGUUAGGGAAUCAACAGCCUUCAUCUCACUCAAUUGUGGCAGGAGGGUGUUGCCAGACUUCACAUGUUUUUCCUCUGGGGGCAGAGAAAGAUAAUUUAUCAGAUUUUCCUAUCGAGGUCAGUAGCACUGUUCAUCUGUUAAGCCCUUACUUAGGUUGUAAGCUCCUAGGAGGUCUUCCUUCCCUUUAAAGGUUGAAUGUACCUGUGACAGUACUGAGGAGUAACUGUGGCAAGCCUUGUCUUGGUAAGUCAUACUUCCUGCAAUGGCAACUUUCUGGAAGUGCUAGGAGACUGAAGUUCUUGCAGCUGCCAUGUCUUUCCUAUUUCUAGGUUAGAAUGCAUUUACAGGUCAGUCAGGUUCUCAAGCAAAUUUGAUUCUUCUGGGUGGUAGACAAGCUAAAUGAAUCAUAUAUCUUGUUACUCCAGGGUAUUUAUCAAAAUUUGUCUUCAGACUUCAGUAGCUUGAUACAGAUUUGAAUAUCUGCAGCAUUCUUAGAGGAAUAAACUAGGUCCAUUGUUUUGUCUCUUUUCCUCUAAGGCAGAUUCCUUAGAACUCACACGGCACUUGCAGUGAAGGACACAGUGCUUCAGAUGUGGAUUGCUUGAGUAGAAAGGAAUAAUAACAUGCCUUGAUUUGGUAGCUGUGCUUCUACUAAGGCAGUCCAGUAUGUGAUUAUUGUUUCAAAGAUACACAGCUCACUCAUAUUCCACUUCUUGCCCACCAGGACUUCCCAGUCUUUUUCCAGGUUUGUCUUCUCUCCAAUUGUCUUCUCUCCUUGUCCUUAUGGGAGACUUCAACUUCCCAGACAUGAACUGGGAAUACUAUACUGCUGUGACAAGGAAGUCUGGGAAAUUCUUAGAGUAUAUUGAAGAUAAUUUCUUGUCACAAGUACUCACUGAGCCAACUAGGAAAGAUGUCCUCCUAGACUUGUUAUUUGUGAAGAGAGAAGGACUUGAGGGAGAUGCGAUGGUAAGUGGCUGUCUUGGCCACAGGGAUCAAGAAAUGGUUGAGUUUAAAAUUUUUGAUGUAAUGAGAAAAAUGGUCAGCAGAGUUGCUACCCUUGAUUUCAAGAGAGUUAACUUUAAGCUACUCAGUGAGCUAGUUAGCAGUGUCCCCUGGGAAUCUGCUUUUGAGGGCUUAGGGGUAUGUGAGUUCUGGUCAGUUUUUAAGAACCACCUUUUAAAAGCACAAGAGCAGGCAAUCCCUUUGUGUUGAAAGUCAAGCAAGCGGCACAGAAGACCAGUUUGGCUGAACAGGGAACUCCUCUUGGAACUCAAGAGGAAAAAGAAAUUGUAUGAUCUGUGGAAGCAAGGUCAAGCUUUGCAGGAAGAUUACAGAGCCGUGGUUUGCAUAUGCAGGGAGAAGACACGGAAGGCCAAAGCUUAAUUAGAGUUGAAACUGGCCAGCGUUGAGUCAGACAACAAAGUCUUUUUGAAGUACAUUAAUAGCAAGAGGAGGUCUAAGGAAAACAUUGGACCGAUAUUUGUUGAAGAUGGUCACCCGAGAAAUUGGGAUGAAGAAAAAGUGGAGGCAUUCAAUGCUUUUUUUGCCUCAGUCUCCAAUAAUACUGACAGACCUGGGGCUGCCCAGUCCUCUGAGUUGGAGGACCAUGACUGCAGGGAACAGUGACUUUCCAUUUGUGGACACUGAAAUUGUAAGGGACCAGUUGUAUCAGUUGAAUGCUCAUAAGUUCAUGAGGCCGGAUGGGACUCAUCCCAGAGUACUGAAAGAGCUAGUGGAUGUUACAGCAGGACCCCUCUCAAUUAUCUACCAAAGGUCUUGGGAGUCUGGGGAGGUCCCUGCUGACUGGAAGCUAGCCAGUGCUAUUCCAAUUUACAAGAAAGGCAUGAGGGAAGACCGAGGAAGCUACAGACCUCUUAGUCUAACCUCAGUACCUGGAAAAAUUAUGGAGAAGAUCAUACUGGGUGCUACUGAAAGGCAUUUAAAGGACAAUGCAAUCGUCAGCACGGUCAACAUGGGUUCACAAAGGGAAAGUUGUGUUUAACUAAUUUGAUAUCCUUCUAUGAUAAGGUCACCCACCUAGGGGAUGAAGAGAAGGUGGUGGAUGUUGUUUUUCUGGAUUUUAGUAAAGCUUUUUUGUAAGUACCUCACAGCAUCCUUCCGGACGAGUUAUCCAACUGUGAGAUGAGCAGGUACAUGGUGCGCUGGGUGAAGAACUGGCUGAAUGGCAGGGCUGAAAGGGUUGUGGUGAAUGGGGCUACAUCUGGCUGGUGACCAGUCACCAGCGGUGUUCCUCAGGGUUCAAUUCUAGGGACAGUUCUGUUCAAUAAUUUUAUCAAUGAUUUGGAUGCAGGAGUUGAAUGCACCAUUAGCAAGUUUGCUGAUGAUACUAAACUGGGACGUGCUGUUGACUCUCUCAAGGGACAAGAGGCCUUGCAGAGGGAUCUAGAUAGAUCGGAGCAUUGGGUUAUGAUUGAUGGGAUGAAAUUUAACAUGAACAAAUGCCAGAUUCUGCACCUGGGGUGGAGUAAUGCUGGACACAAGUAUAAGUUGGGAGAGGAGCAGCUAGAGAUCAGCCCUGCAGAAAGGCACCUGGGGGUGCUGGUUGACGGCAGGCUCAGUAUGAGUUCACAGUGUGGCCUGGCAGCCAGGAGGGCAAACAGCAUCCUGGGGUGCAUCAAACACAGUAUAACCAGCUGGUCAAAAGAGUUGAUUAUCCUGCUGUAUUCCACAUUGGUGUGGCCUCACCUUGAGUACUGUGUGCAGUUCUGGGCCCUACAAUUUGAAAAGCAUGUUAAGGUACUUGAAUGUAUCCAGAGUAGGGCAACAAAGCUGGUGAAAGGGCUGGAAGGCAGGUCCUGUGAUGAGUGGCUAAGGACUCUGGGGUUGUCUAGUUUGGAGAAAAGGAGACUGAGGUCACCUCAUUGCUCUCUACAGCUUCCUGAGGAGGGGAAGUGGAGAGGGAGGUGCUGAUCGUUUCUCCCUGGUAUCUAGUGACAGGAUGCAUGAGAAUGGUUCAAAGCUGCGCCAGGAGAGGUUCAGACUCGACAUUAGGAAACACUUAUAUACAGAGAGGGUGGUCAAACACUGGAGCAGGCUUCCUGGAGAGGUGGUCGAUGCCCCAAGCCUGUCAGUGUAUAAGAGGCAUUUGGACAAUGCCCUUAAUAAUAUGCUUUAACUUUUGGUCAGUCCUGAAGUGGUCAGGCAGUUGGACUAGGUGAUCAUUGUAGGUCCCCUCCAACUGUUCUAUUCUGUUCUUUCAAUUCUUAUUCUUAAUUCUAUUCUAUUCUAAUUCUAUUCAUGAACAUCAUGAGGUUUCUGUCUUUUCAUUCCUCCAAUCUGUCAAGGUCCCUCUGGGUGGUACCCCCACCCUCCAGCAUAUCAGUGGCUCCCCUCCCCAACAUGCCAUUAUUUCUGAUCUUGUUGAGAAUAUGUUCUGUCUCUUUCCACCAUAUCACUAAUGAUCACUGAACAGUAUCGAUCCCAUUAUUGUCUUCUGAGGCAUGCUUUUGUAACUGGCCAUCACGCAGAUUUCAAACCAUUGAUCAUUACUCUUUGAGCCUGACAGUUCAGCCAAUUUCUCACUGACCUUUCUUAAUGGACGGCAUCCAGCCCAUACCUCUCCCAUUUGGCUAUAAGGAUGCUAUGAGAGACUGCAUCAAGAGGCUUGCUGAAGUCAAUGUAAACAGCAUCCACUGCCCUCUACACAUCCACAUAGCCUGUCAUUUCAUCAUAGAAGGCAGUCAGGUUCAUAGGCAUGAUUUUCCCUCGUUUAAUCUGGCUGCCUGUUCCUAGUCACCUUCUUGUCCUUUGGGUGCCUGGAAUUGGCUUCCAGAGCUUGCUCCAUAAAGCUACAAGGGAUUGAGGUACGGCUGACUAGCCUGUCAUUCCCCACAUCCUCCUUCCUGGCUUUUUAGAAAGGUGACAUGAUACGUACCCCUUCCUGUCACUGGGGACCUCGUGCAAUUGCCACAAUUUUUCACAGAUGACAGAGACCGGUCUUAUAAUGACAAACUUUUGCUAACAGGGCUUUAUUUAUGUACAGGGAGAAGAAGGUGGAUGUUCCGUGAAAGAGAAAUUGAGAUCUUGGAGGAGCACAUUUAGAAGUUGUUCUUUGCAAAUUUCCAGUAGUUCCAGUGAGCUCUAGGGAGGCUUAAUGCCCAGUUUGGUAGGUACUGGAGAAGUGCGAAUUAAAAGAAUGUAGCUUCUGGCCUGAUGGAUUUAUGAUUUUAAGGUAAGGUACAGUAAAGGGUGAAGAAGGCAACAAAACAGUUGCUGGAGAGAAACUCAUAAGAGGCUGUGACUAGUGCUACUGAAUGAUAGAUUAGCUUCAUGAUUGUGGUAUGCAGAGGUGUGUCUUGCCAGCAUUCCUGAAUAAUGACAUUGAGAUGGUUAGUGCUGUCCUUCAAACUGUAGAACCUCAUGCUGUUACUUUGUGGAUGUUUCAGAGACCUGCUCAGUGGGCAGAGGAUGAGAAGGGAAAUUGGAGGAAGGGCAACAAGAAGGGUGAUUGAGUGCCUCUUUUUUUUUGUAACCCCUUCUGCACCAAAGAAAGAAGAUGCUACAAAAAACAAUGUGUGUGCCUGGAUAUCGAAAAGGAAUUAUGUAAAGCGGAGAAGAACUUUGCUUUGUUGCCUUGAGGAACAGUUUUGUAACCAGAGAAUGUUUCAGUGAAGCAAAAGUGAAGGACACUACCAGUCAUUUGUUCAGAAAAUAUAUUUUAAUAGGCUGUUAGGAUACUAUCAAAGGAGGACAAACUUCUGUUCUCAUUGUGAUAUGGCAUUACUGUAUCUUUGUCCCCUGCAUUCUAUUCCAGUUUGUGUUUUGUGCUUGAGACAUCCUGCUUUUGUACCAUCAAAUAUGGGAAAAAUACUUUACAGCAAUGCUUCUUAAGGCAUAAAGCAUAAGGAGCCACUUGCUAUACAGAAGGCAAGACAAGAUGAUCUUAGGCCAUUAACUUUUACCCAGUAUAAAGAUUGAACUCAGCAUAGGGAACAUAAUGUCUUAAUUAUACUAAAGCGUCUCAUUCUUAAGAAGGCAAACUGUGCCAUAGACAAGUGCAGGGAGGCUGACCUGUCACCAGUGCCUGGAGACUGGUGCAUGGCUGGCCCUCAAUCAGGUGACAUGCAGACAUGUUGUGGAGACGGAGGGAACCUUCAACAUCCUUGUCAACUUUAAUGUGGGUAAAAUGCCUUCCCAACUGCAAACCUGGCUGUUAGUGUGACUCCAGUGAGUUGACAAAGAUGUGUUAACUGGCAUACCAGGAAAAGAUAAUUCUUGUACCAGCUCAAAGAAUUGGUAAGAGUGGAAAACAGACUGGUACAGCCUGUUAUGUUGGAGAAAGAUGCAAAAUACAUAUACCUGCAGACAGUAAUCAGAAAAAGUAUUGCUGAGCCCUGCAUGUAUGACCUAGAGUAUACAUUGUCUUACAGCAGAGCUGCCAGUAUUAUGAGGAUGAUCAGGGUUUUGCAAAGCUGCCCUCUUUUCCUUGUAACCUCUGAAGGAAAUGAGAUGAACAGCAUAAGAAAGGCUACACUGGGUCAGACCAAAGGUCUGUCUGGGUUGGUAGUCUGUCUCUCACAGUGGCCAGGUUUAUAUGCCUAGGGGGUACUGUAAGGACAAAGUAGUUAUAUAGUGGUACUUUCCUUUUAUGUUCUCUUAGCCCAGGGUCCUGUCUCAAAAAGAUUUGCAAACUCUUUCUUUAAGGCUGGAGAAAACUUUUGUGAACCUUAUGGCUAUAGUAUUUAUCCUGCAACUGGAUUUAAUUAUAUUUUUAGAAGGACAUGUAAUCUGACUUUAAAAACAUCAAGUAAGGAUUAGCUCAUCUUUCUUGGUAAUCAGUUUUCUUAUUAAUUACCCUCUUUACAGGGAAAUUGCAUCUUCUUUUGGAAUAGUUUUUCCCUACUAUCAACAUGCUGACAUUGUUUCUUGCUAUGCUUUUUUUCAGCAAGGUUGAAAAGUCCUAUUCUUCCUUUACAAUUAGGCUUCUUUGUCAUGUAUAACUACCUAUAUCCAUUCAACAAGUCCUAUGUAAUCCACUAACCCAUAUAAGUCAUUUUUCAUAAGCUUCACACUGUGAAACUUGUCAUUUAACCUUUAAUUAUGCUCCUGCAUGAAAAUCCUUGGUAUUCCACACCCAUCUGCAUUCAGUUCUAGUGUCUACACUUAAAGUAUUCUUUACAGAAGCAGGAAUACUUGCUUCCCUACUGCUAUUCAGGCUUCAUAUACUCAUGUAUCCAAACGUCAUGCUAGCCCUUGCUGCCCAAACACUGCUGUAACACUACCAUAAAAGUGAUAUUUUGGCAGUUGACUCUGAAUCUAAAGUUCUUACUGCUGCUUUUCAAUGCACAAGAUCCCAGAAAGUAAGAAUAAUCUUAAUUUUUUUUUUUUAUUCCAAAAUGCAAUGCAUUUCCUUUAGCAGUAUUACAGUGCAAUUUUGGACUGACAGUUUUUAUAAUUUGAAAUACUUAAGAGCUCAGUCUGUUGAGUUUUAUCCAAAGAGGAUCAGAGGUGUCUUGCCUGUGUGGUACAAAGUCCUUUAUGGAAAUGGAAAUACUAGGUAAUAAAGCAUCUCUUGUCUUGAGCAGAUGGGCAUAAAAAUGAAUUUGAAGCUAAAGCCAAAUGAAUUCAAGUUAGAAAUGGGGUGUGAGCUUUUAGCAGUGAGGACAGAUUACCCAUUGGAACAAAGUACUGUGGGAAGCAGUAGUUUCUGUGUAUCUUCAGGCUUCAAUUUGCAGACAGCAGCUUUAUGGAAAGAAUGUUGUAGGCAAAUAUAAGCCAUUAAAAUAAAUACAGAGGCAUCUAAAAGACAUUGAAUGGUCAAUUUUAUAGUGAAGGUCAGUCUACAUGAAAUGAUAGUUGCUUCUGGUUUAGAACCUCAGAGAAGACAGAAGACUUUUUUUCUGCAGUAUAGAGAUCUGUUGAAAAAUGGGAAGUGUUUUGGCAAACAUAAGGAAAACUCAUGGUGAUGGAAGUUUUAUGGUGUUACCAAAAGAUUGUAAUAAAGUUUGCAUGGGAAGGUGAGGUGAGAAAAAAUUUAUCUGUGCCACCUGAAAUGAAGCAUUAUUUCUGCAUGCCAGUUUAUUUGUGAGUAGUAUAAUGACAUAUGAGUGUGCUAUCUUCAGAACCUACACGAUCACUCAGCUGAAGAGCGUUCUUGGUGGGGAUUCCCCCUUUUUUGCUGUACUGGCAGCUAGAGUUCUGCUAGAGUUCUGUCCCUGAAUACAUGUUCAGCUUCAGGAGCUCUGUCUCAGUUCAUUCGCUCAGCUGUGUGAACUGCCUGCACAUUGCACUGAAAUCAGAAACAAAUGAGGGAGAGCAUCGGUGGGCUUAUUACAUUGAUAAGAUACUUGCCAAAAAAGUAUGCAAUAUCUUUCUUAAUCACUGUAACAGUUGCUUUUGCUUUUCUCUCUCAUGGCAUAUAAGGAAGAUACCUCCUUGUAGGAGUGACCUUUUGGUAGCCUGUAGCCUUCAGUGUCACACUGAAGGAGCAGAUGGUAGGUUUCUCCAAGUGGAAGGGCUCUUCACUCAUCUGAGAGGAGAUGGUGUGACUGGAGGAAGCAAUUUUCUGGUAGUGUGUUCUCUAACACUGGGGAGCAAUGACUGGUUCAGCUUUUUCAGCUUUAAAAUACACUACACUGUACCUUUGUUUCAAAAUGAGUGUAAAAUUCCAUUGAUGGAAUAGUGCCAGAUUUGAAUUGUUGCUUCAGAUCUCAAGUCCUGGACAUAGUAUUAAUGUCCCAUGCUAGCAUUUGUUUUUGUUGCCCAGAUUGGUCUGUGUGAGACCUCAUUGCUGGAAGCUCUUCUAAGAAUGCCAUGAACUGAGACUGGUCUGGCCUGACCAGAGCCCCUAGACACUGCUGAAGCCAUUGAAUUUUCUCUCAAGUUUGGCAACACCAGACAGUUAGCCAAAGCUGCCAUCAGUUGCAUUCUAGCUUUCUCCUCCUGUCCCAGAGGGCUUACCUAGAGAUAGUUCACAAACAGGUCUACUCAAAAUCUUUAAAGAGCCGCAUUGUGCAUGUCCCAAAUGUUUUAUGUUGUCAUAAGAUUUAAGUGUUUGAUAGGGAUUUGACUCUGGGUUCUUAGGACUCUUAUUUUGUGGGUAACAUGUAAAUAAGGAAGAUUCUUGCUUGUAUUCCUCUGUCUUAAACAUGAUGUGUAUUCUCUGAGCGAGGCUGUUGCAGAAUCUUUGUUCUGAUUAUAGAAACUGGAAAUAAAUCAAUACAUGAAAGAAGUGUUUUAUCUGAUAUAAAGCGAACUGAGUUGAGAGUGGGUGAAAAGAGGUUUCACUGACAUCUAACUAGAUUUACAGUGUUGGAAUGUCCAUAAUCUGCAUGCUUCUUUGACCGUUUCCUUAAGUAUUAAACUGUAACCUGCAGGUCUAUAGGGAGUCACUAUGCUUUUCUUCGUUUGAAUUGCAAACUUGAGUGAAGAAUUUGAGGUAAUUUAUCAUGUCCGUUCUUUGGUUUUUGCAAUGAUUUUGUUUCCCAGUUUGUCAUGACAUUGUCUGUAGACAAGUGAGAUGCUCCCUGCUUGGAAUUUGAAACAAUUCCAGAGUUUCUUAAGUAGCUUUUCACUUCUAAGUCACUGCUUCAGAUCUGUCCAGUCCCAAAAGGGAUUUAAUUUAAAUGGGCAGGUCAGACUCAAUUGGUAGUUUAAUGGAUAUCUAUUCAUUUUGCCAACGCUAACAUCCUUUUAAGAUAGAUUGGCAUCGUUCUUUUUUAUCGUGAUAGCAGUGGCUUCAAAGAUCAAAUGAGCACUGGACUUUGAAUUUUCUUUUGCAUGUAUUUGUGUCCCAGUAUUGAUAGCUAUGCACACUUGUGGAAGGAGCAAAACAGGACUCCCUCUACGUUAACUGUUCCAAGGAGUAAAUUGUAAAAAAUUAGAUCCCGAGUUGAUCGAAUGCUUUUGAACAAAAAGAUCAAGAUCCUUUGGAAAUUGCUUCAAGUUCUCAACACUGUACUGGGGGGAGGGGGGAUGUCCAAUUUUCAAAAGUGAUUAUUUUCCUCUCUCAUCUGCAAACUGCAUCAGUGAGAAUUGGGAAGUGUUCCUGGUGAAAUGUGCUGAUUUUUGUUGGGAGCAAGGAGAAAAGAGCUCUUAAUAGAUUCUCUUAUGGGAGGUGCCCGGAUUUGGCAAACAUGAUCAGCUGUGGGUAACAGUCAAAAAUGUCAGAUAUCUAAAAAUCAGUAUGAGCUGGUUCAGUCUUCUACCUACUUGCAUAUUUUUUUUUCUGAGGAAUGAAGCAUUUAAUUUGAUAAUUGGAGGCAUUUCUAUUAAAAAACAAAAACAAAAAAAGGCUGAAUGGUUCUUGUUCACACAUCUUUAGUUUUACACCCAAGGGCUGAGAAUUUUCUCGGUUCAGUUUGAAUAGCUGGUGGUAAAUUCAGUAACAGGGCUGACUGUGGUGGCUUUUACUGUUUUGAUGUUUUUCAGACCAUGCUUGCUUCAUACUUUUCCAGCUCAGAGAAUCAAUUGAAACUACAAAUGAAUACAAGUAGACUUGCUACAUACUAAUGGAAGAUUUCUCACAUCUAAGUAAAGGGUACUUCAAAUCUGGGAGUACAAGAUUUGUGCUCUACUGAAGUAAAGUAAUUUUCCACUAAGAGCAGAUACUUGAUAAUACUUUUUUAAUGAAAUGUAGUAUAGAGUUUCAAAAUGCUAAAUGACAUUAAUUUCAUUCAUUUCUAGUGGGGGAGCAACAGGGAGGUAUCUAAAGAUGAGAACAAGAGCAGGUCUUAGGAGUUGCUGCCAUUAGGCAGAUGAAACACAUGGAUUUUGCAAAACACACUUUUAAAAUUGCACCUAGUUGGAGAAAUCUUAUUUUGAGAAGUGUCAUAGCUUUUUCCUCCCAGACUGCCUGCAGGGGCAGUGAUGGCAAGCCAGCAGUUCCACUAAACUAAUGCCAGCACUAACACUGAUGUUUUUCUAGUAAUUUUGACACCAGCUUCCUGAGAUGUUCACCAACAUUGCCUUAGGACUUUUCUUCAUCCUGCUUCACCACGUAAUUUCCAAGUGUUUGGACUCUUCCAGCCCCCCACCAUGAAGAAACAUGUAUUCCCAUUUUUGAGGAAGCCAUAGGUGAAGACACUCCUAAUGCCUAGUGUUAUAUGGUGAAUGAAAGAAGUCCUGCGUUUUCUUUCCUGGCUGUCCAGUGUCACCAUUAAGGGAGCAUAUACAAAUAAGCAGCAAAGGGAGCUUUCAUAAGCCUUUUAUCCCUUGCUGGUCCUUUCAGGUACUGUGGAGAUAGCAAGGAGUGGGAAUGAGGAGUGCCGGGUCUGAUUCCCAGGAGAGGGGUGAGAGACCAUGAGGUGCAGCCAUUGCCCUGCACUCAAGCAGUGCAGGGGCUACCACAGGGCUGCACUGGACCAGGUAGCAUUUCUUCUGUGGUCCUCCUGACCACAUUGGUAGGCUGCACAACUCUAAGCUACAGGCUUCCUGUGUUUACAUAUUUAUUUAGACAUUUAAACAGGUACCUUCUUUAACACACACCCACCCCCCCUCCAUAAAAAAGAAAACAAACUAGAAAAUUUGUGUUCCUAUGGAAAACAAGGCUACAAUUCAAGUGGCCAAUGUUGCUGUAAUCAGUGCCCUUCUGCAUGCACAGUACGAUGGAGUCAAGCAGUUGCAUGAUUUGUUGUUGGGUUUGAGGGUUGUGUGUCCCGAUCCAUUCAAUCCCUGUCCCCCCUUCACACUAGGUUCCUGCCUCAGUCAGUGAAGGAGGGUUGAGGCUCUCUGAAUGUACAGCUGCUUGGGUUUUUUUUGUUUUUUUUUUUUUUCCUCAUUUAGACUGAAUCCAAGCUUUAUUUACUACACAGCAUCCAGGCUCCAUUCUGAAGAGGGAAGAAGUAAUUUCCUUGUUACUGUCUUCAGGGUACCUCCUGCUAUGGCAGCUUAGAAUGUUAAUGAAUUUAUUUAUGUGCUGAGAACUUGGAUGUUACUGUCACCCUUAUUUUAUAGAUGGGGAGUUUAAGUCAGAAUGACUGAAGCAAAAACCAGGAGUUAUUUCUGAAUUUGGGGGCCCCAAGAUGAGAUACCUGGGCACAGGCAAUUUGGAGUGGCUUUGUAGCUUUUUGUAGGUUCAAACCACAUUUCCUACAAAGUUCCAUAGCAGCUCUUGAGUGCUCAGAACUUUUGCAAAUCCAGCCACAAUUACUAAUGAGGUGAGGAGCACUGUCCUUACUGCUGAAGUCUCUCUCUGGCUUCUUAGAUAUCAGAGAGAAGGCAACAGGCAGGCUUCUCUCCAGGGCUGGUAGUCAAUUGCUUUCAUUGCAAGAACUUUGCCUUGACAGUUUCCUGCUUGAACAUGGAAGUAGAAAAUGAACUGUGUGAUCAUUUGAUUUGGCAUUAUUGUAAUGUGUAUGCACAGAGGGACAAAUUAGGAUGGCAGUUCAUUUCUUCACUUUUGAGUAUUUUUAUCUGUAAUCAGAUAUGUGUGUGUAUAUAUAGAUAGAUUUUAUUUAUUCUUGAGCUAGGAAUUUUUGGUAUGUAUUCACUUUGUAUUGGGGUUUCCUUAUAGGGUAUUUUAGCUUCCCAAAAUAUGCUUUGUCUCUGGAAAUAUCUAUGAUUCAUGGACUUCAAAGGAUUGAAAGUGGAAGAGCAGCCCAAAUGCAUAGUAUCACAGAGGAUCUCCUGUGAAAUAGCUUGUCUACUACAACUCAAGAAAGAGCAAUAGGUAGGUGAAAACUUGCUCUUGAGCAGUUACACUUCAUAUACUUUUGCCUGAACAUCAGAGGACGAUACGACUAUUGACUCAUGUCUUGCACUGAUAUUUCAAGUGUUCUCCUCUGAUUCUCUUCCCUAAACUCUAAAGUAAUGGCUGUCCAGCGCAGAAAACCUGGCUGUUAUUUAACAAAUGAUAGGCUGCCUGUUAAUGCCCAAUUCAGCAGGGUUUUAAAAUACCAGAAAUCUUAAUGUAUAUUUUGGGAAGAAUGCCUUCGGGUCAGAGACCCUGUUUGGAACCAGAAUCAAUCAUCUGACUGAGCUGUAUCAGAAAGAAGCGGAAAGGUAUGAAGAAAAAAUGGUACUAACUUUUGUCUUUAUUAUCCUAUGGUUUGUUCUGUUCUCUCCAUUGACUCUCAGGCUAGAUCUUCUAGAGAAAGUAGUGCAUCUUUUAAAAAAUAAAAACCACAAACAACCUCCCUCUCCAAGUUUUUGUAGGAUUCUUGUGUCAGACAUGGGUUGGCAGGCUCUGUUCACAGCUGAAUACCCAAUUUCUGAUGUAAGCAGAUGCCGUUAACCUGAAAGAUGAAAAUCAGGAUGUUUAAAUUUCUAUGAAUACCAUCUUGAGAUUGGUCAGGUAGCUGCAGUUGUGGUAACCUCAUCCUUGCAAUAAAGUAUUGUGGACCACAACUUUCCUUCCUCACACAUUGCACCUUUACACCUGUGCUAAAUGGGCAUUUUCUGAGCAAAGUGCACUUUUGGCUCAACAGAAGCAUAAAAGAUGACACAUUGCUGUAUACCUUAUCUUCUCUCUGCUAAUUGCUGUGGGUAAGGUAAUGAUUGUGCACUACCACGUGACUGAGAAACAACUUUGCUGAAAGAAAUCUGUAGUUUUCAGGUAAGCUACAUCCCAUCUGUAUGUAUACUUAAAUGUAACUGUGUAUUUGUUCCUGGGAAGGAUCCAAAUGCUUGUCACAAAUAGCUGGCAACUGGAAGCACCAGAACUGGUGUAUUCAGAAUGUGACUACUCUCUAUCAUUCUGCAAGUACCUUGAGUGUUUAGGAUAUGGAUGAGUACAACUUCUACUGCUUGUCACUGAACUACUGCUGGUAAUUGAAAAUUGGAAUACAGUGGUCCCUGGAGAGUUGGUCUGUCAUGGAGCUCAAGAGGUUAAUAUGUAGUUAUGUGAUGAUACUAUAAUUUUAUAUGCAUCUGCAGAUACUGGUAAUAGACAUUAAAGUGGGCAUUUACAUCCUUA